AUGAAACAAAUGAACAAGGUUCGUGGUCGCCAGAAAGUUGUGAAGUCUGAUCAAAAGAUUAUUUCUUGGGCCCGAAAACAAAAGCAAAAAAAUAUAAGUCAACCAAUCAAUCUACCUUUGAGAGUCCCGCUCACCUGUCCCUUGAUUGGCUGUUCCGGAAGUGGACACGUGAAUGGUUUGGAUUUAUCUCACGUCACUCUGUCAGGUUGCCCUGCGUACCACAAUCUCCCGUUUGAAAAAUGGGCCGAAAUGCGUGCCAGAGAAGAUGGUUUGGUGUGUCCCGUCCGUUUACAAGCGCGGAACCCAAGCCCUUCCACAUCACCGUGCAAAACUAACAAACAGUCCCACCCCGUUGAACGUGUCCACCAACUGCACACCGUGCAACACGAGCCCCCGUUAACACACUUGGCAAGUCCCAUGGAGCUUUAUCAGUUUCGCUGUGCCCAACAACGACUGGUGACUGAAAAAGAGCAUGAAGCUAAGGAACACCUAAUCCUCUGUGCUCGCAUUGGCUCGGCCAUGGCUUCAAAAUCGGAUGAACUUGGCUUGGAAGAUCCGCAUGGGCCUCUUCAUCCAACUCGUUCCCGCGCCGGUGAACAUAUCGGAAAUUCAUUGGAGCAGCGGGUCCGUACAGUAGUUCUAGGCAACUGGCAAGUUGAACCAACGUAUACGAGUGCUUAUCCGCCUGAUAUCGCCUGCUUGCCGACCAUUUACGUCUGUGAAUACUGUCUGACACCGAUGCGCUUCAGUGUUACUUAUGAUAGACAUCAGCAAAAACCAGGAGAUCCGCAUGAGACUGGUCUGAACUCCGUUCUGUACAAUAACCUUUCCUGUAUACUGGUACUCCCACAAUACCAAUGUUCUGGCUACGGGCGUAUGCUAAUCGAGAUGAGCUAUGUUCUCAGUCUCCUUGAGAAUCGGAUUGGCACUCCAGAACAUCCUCUGUCGGAUUUGGGACUGAUUUUAUACCGAAAAUAUUGGAAGUGGGAAAUCCUCACUUACUUGCAGACGUACUCAGGGAAGUCGAUAAACAUCCGUGCUCUGAGUGAGGAACUUGGCAUUGCGAUUCCAGACAUUGUGAGCACACUGUUGGACAUGAAGAUGCUCAUUUACUUCCGGACACAGUAUUAUAUUGUGAACAAUAAGGUAGACGUCCAGCGUUUGCUCAACUCCAUGAAGGCACCAGAUCCAGCACGACGCAUUGACAAAUCUUGUCUGCACUGGACUCCACAUUCUGUAGCGCCAAAAUGAAAUUCUUUACCCAUAUUUCCACCGGCCACGGAAACUAGUCAACAGUUGAUGGUUCUCGUAUCUCCAGAGAACUUCAUUUGUACAUGUAUACAACCAUUAAACGAUGUUCCACAGUGUUUGCAGUCUUGCCCAAGGACAAUCAACAGAGCACAGCUGUGUGUACGAAUGUCAUGAUGUAAAAUGCUUGCCUUCCGACUUGUUUCUAUACUGAAAAAAAUCCUUGAUUCUUGUCUGUAUAUUCCCCCCCUCCCAAAAUUUCACGUCGUCUUUUUUUCGUUAAAGAUGAUGGGAUACAAGACUAAAGCACUCAAACUUAUACGAAUUUCCCUGUCGAACUGAUUGCUAUGUUUUUGUACAAUUAAACGAGUUAG